AUGCUUUUCAAGGCAAAACAUACUCCCUACCAUCCAGUUUAUUCACAACCUCAACUCUUUAACUCCGCCUUCUUUUUCAUCAUCGAUCUAAUUCUAAUAAUCUUUAAUUCCAACCAUCUUCUUCUUCUUCUUCUUCUUCUUCUUCUUCUUCUUCUUCUUCUUCUUCUUCUCUACUUAUCUUCUUCACCUUUUCUUUCUCCUUUUUUCUUCUCUCUCCUGCUCUCGUCCCUAUCUCCCUCACUUUGUUUCAUAAACCUUCUCUUUCUCUUUUGCCUUCUCCGUCUCCCUUUCAUCAUCAUCAUCAUCAUCUCCUCCUCCUUUUUUUCACACUGCUCCUCUAUUUUGUCUUUUCUUUUUUUCCCAAACGCUUCUCUUUCCUAUUCUUUUAUCUCUUCCUUCCACUCACUGCUACUGUCUUUUAUAUUCUACUCUUAUUUUGCUUGUCUUCUCAUAACACACCUCCUUCUCCUCCUUCUCCUCCACCUCCUCUUCGUAGUUUUCUCUUCCUCCUUGUCAAUAUUCUUUUUUUUCUUUAUUUCCCUUUUAUAUUAUUAUUCAUCAUCACCUCUUCACUCUUUUUCUCGUCUUUUCUUCACCUUUUUCUAUAGAUUUCCUAUCCUUCUCAUUUUCCAUCCCCUCUGUGAUAAAAAAAACAAAAAAAAUCCUCCCCGUGUUGUUAUUAUUAAUAUAUUUGUGGCUUUUCUGCUUGUUUAA